AUGAUUGUUGCCAGCCAGUCAGAAAAUGGACAGGUGCUGCACGUCAUUCCUUCUGCCCAACCAGGAAUGGCCCAAGUGAUUAUUCCUCAAGGUCAACUUCUGGAUGUGACCAGCACACAGGAUGUUUCGGAAGAGACGUGUGGUGACAGGAACUUGCAGACUGUGGCAGUGGCUGCUAUAGCAGACAGUGCAAGCAGUUAUAUUCUACAUCCACAGGCAUCUCUCACCGUAUCGAAAAAAACAACCACCAGGGUAGUGGAAGAUCCCUUUCCCAUCCCUCUCCAGCCAUUGUCGCCAAAUACGCCUGCAUGGGCGCACCGUCUCAGGAACUGUGAGAAAAUUGGGGACUCAUACCGCGGCUAUUGUGUGAGCGAGACAGAAUUAGAGAGUGUUCUAACGCUACACAAGCAGCAAACACAAAGUGUGUGGGGGACGCGCCAGUCUCCAAGCCCAGCCAAACCUGCCACACGGUUGAUGUGGAAAUCUCAGUAUGUCCCAUAUGAUGGGAUCCCCUUUGUCAAUGCAGGAAGCAGAGCCAUUGUAAUGGAGUGCCAGUAUGGGCCAAGGAGGAAAGGGUUCCAGCCCAAAAAAGCUGGUGAGCAGGAAGGUGCCUCUGGCCAUCUGUACAAAGCCACUUGUCCAGCAAGGAUCUAUAUUAAAAAGGUUCAGAAGUUUCCGGAAUACAGAGUUCCUACUGAUCCUAAAAUUGACAAGAAAAUCAUAAGAAUGGAGCAGGAGAAAGCAUUCAACAUGCUGAAGAAGAACCUGAUAGAUGCUGGCGGUGUCCUCAGGUGGUAUGUACAGUUACCCACUCAGCAAGCCCACCAAUAUCAUGAAAUGGAAACUUCCUCCCUCCCUUCUUCACCGUGCCAUUUUUCUGUGUCUUCACCUGAGGAGGAGGAGGAAGUUGUUAGAGAUGAGAACGGUACUCUGCCUUCCCGACUUCAUCCUCAAGUGGCAGACAAGAUCCGAGAGCUGGUGUCUCAGGGAAUAGAGCAGGUCUAUGCAGUGAGGAAGCAACUAAGAAAGUAUGUGGAAAGAGAAUUAUUCAAGCCUGAUGAAGUGCCAGAGAGACAUAACCUGUCCUUCUUCCCCACUGUGAAUGACAUCAAGAACCACAUUCAUGAAGUGCAGAAGUCCCUGAGGAAUGGCGAGAUGAUGUAUAAUUCAGAAAGUAUCCCAGCAACGCUGCAGUGGACCACAGACAGUGGGAAUGUUCUCACAGAAACAGUGACUGUUACGUUUGCAUCACCACCUUCAGAUGGGGAAUCAGUCAUCACCAAAGCAGAAUCCAACCAGAGUGGGGAGUCCUUGCUACCAGAAACAGCUCAGCUGUUGUCUUCGCUCUCUUCACUUCAGCCCAAGAUAUUUGCACAACUUCAGCUGAAGAAAAUACAGAGGAUGUUAUCUGUGUGAGCCAAGUUAAAGAAGAGCCAAGAGAAAAAGCA